AUGUCUGACGAAGAACUCGAUCGUGACUGGAAGCCCAACGGCCGCCGGCCCCAGUCAACGAUUGCGCGUUCUUUCUCACUCGAGCUUAUGGACAUCUUCCGUAUCGAGAACAGUGUUGCAGACCUGGAUGAGCAGGUUGACAAGCGGAAGCAGCAGGUCACAAGCCAGACCACCGAGCUUGAGGCCCUCGAGGCGCGCAUUCGCGAAAUGGAGGCUAUGCUCAAUAAGAACAAAAACCCCGCUGCCGGCGCGUCGCCGACAAGCCCCCGCAACGCCCGUCCCUCCAUCAACAGUGUCUUUGCGGACGCCAACACCAACACCGGCGGUCCCUCGGGCGCCGACACCCACUCCCAGAGCGCUACACCACGGCCAUUGGAGCACCGCCAACGGCAGCAGGGCCAGCAGCAGCAGCAGCAGCAGGUGGACGCACAGAAGUACGGCAGCAGCCGGCCAGGUACGGCACGCGCAAGCCAGCAGGCUGUGCCGGGCGCUUUGCCGCCAACCCCCGUUGGCAGUGAGGACGGUGAUGGCGACCGCUACUAG